AUGGUCGUAGUGACAGUAACGGUAGAGGGUCCGGGAGCGGGCGCAGCUGAAGUGACUGGAGCUGAGCUUGCUGCUACUGCCGAAGAAGAAGAGGAGACAGAAGAGGAAACACGGGAUGAGGUAGACACAAGCGAGGAGGCAGCCACGGAUGAGGAAGCAGCCAUGGACGAGGAGGCAGGUGCCGCCGAGGAUGCGGCCGCAGACGAAGAAGCGACAGCAGACGAAGAGGCAGGUGUCAUCGAGGAUGCGGCCGCAGAGGAAGAGGCAGGGGUGGUGAACGUGGCACCAUCGCUCGCGGGGCAGGACAAGGCAGACGCAGAUGGCGACGCGCUGGCUGAAGUGGGGGUGACAGAGCUUGAAGUGAUGGCAACAGAGCUGGAAGCAGGGCUUGACGAAGCAGGGCUGGAAGAGGCUGAGCUUGAAGCCGGGCUUGAAGAAACAGAACUGGAAACACGGCUUGAAGAAGCUGCGCUCGAGAUAGGGCUUGAAGAGGCUGAGCUCGAGACAGGAGUUGAAGCGGCUGGGGUAGAUACAGGGCUUGAAGAAGCGGAGCUCGAAGCAGGGGUGGAGGCUGCUGAGCUCGACGCAGCGCUUGAAGAAGCGGGGCCCGAUGCAGGGCUCGAGGAAGCAGAGCUGGAUGAUAGGCGCGCAGAUGAGCUAGAAGAAGCGGCCGAGGAUGAUGCGGCCGGAAUGGAGCUCGGUGUCGGAGUAACCGUAGUCACACUUAGGACGGUGGUAGUAGCGACGGAGGCUGAAGAGGGCGAUGGGAUAGGAGACGGUGAAGCGGAUGAGCUGGAAGAAGCGGACGAGGGCGACACGAUGGAAGCGGAGCUCGAUGGAGUAGCCGUAGUGACGCUUACCACUGUGGUGGUGACAACAGAGGCUGAGCUUGGCGAAGGGAUCGCGGAAGGUGUAGAAGAUGAGCUCGGGACUGGUACGGCGGAUGAGCUUGGCAAGGGAAUGGAAGACGCGAUUGAGGACGAGCUCGGCGAGGGGAUAGGAGGAGGCGAAGUAGAUGAGCUUGACGACGGGACAGAGAAAGGUGAAGAGAUUGAGCUCGGCGUUGGCGUGACUGUCGACAUGACGACCGUGGUGGUAGUAGACACUUGUGCCGACGAUGAUGGUACAGCCGGAAUGGAGGAUGAUCGGGAAGACGAUGGCACAAUGGGUGCUGGAGAAGAGCUAGAGGAACUCGGUCGAAUGGAUGUCGGGCAGACAGUGAAGGUCUGUGUAACAGCACUGGUGACCGGGAAUGUGGAAGUAGCGAUGUUUGUCUGUGUACUCGUGGCAGAGGCGGAAGAGACUGUAGUAGUCGCCGCAGGCCUGACAGGUGCGAACGCAGUGUUGGUAGCAGUCGAAGUCGUCUGA